AUGAAGACGUCGCUCGAAUGCGAGCGUGCCGAAGCCGCGGAAAGCGGCGGAAAAGGCCGUAUAUCAUUCAGUGUAGAUUCUCUUUUGGGAGGAAAGACUGAUACACCGAAAGAUACGAACGACGGCAAUAGCAAUGACGCGGAGAGCACAGACGCGGCGCCGGAGACGGACGACAGCGACGUCGAUAUCGAGGACCUCGAGUCUAACGCGGGAGAUGAUAGAGACGAGAGAGAUGACAGGGAUAAUGUUCAGGAUGGUGAUGAGAUUGAGAGUAGAAGCGGUGUGGUGGUGCCGCAGCCGUUGCUGCCGAGGUUGUACCAGGGACCAGCGCCGCCGCCUGCGUGGCCUUUCGGCGCUUUCCCUUGGAUGGCUCCAAACCCUAUGUUUAGAGGAGGAUCUCCAACAAGUAAGUAAUGUCGUUCUUAGAAAAGUAGACAUACAAAAACAAAAACAAGAAAUUCCACAAUCAUUUAAAAGCCUGAACUCCGGAAUUAAGUUAGAAUGUAAAAAAAAAUGAGUUGAUCGUUUGAUUUGAUAUAAACAAAGAACAGGAAUUUCUAGUUAUAAAAUAUAAUUAUAACUGAAACUUUUGAGUUUAGUAUUAUGAAUUCAAAAUUGAUGAAAUACAAUAAUUAGAACCAACCUUAGUGAAAAGUUUAAAAUAAUUGUGAAAAAUAUUUCUUCCGGCUGUUUGGGUGGAUUGCCUGAACAUUGGUGAAAACACGCUAGCGAAAAAGCAACAAAAACUUGAAAAAUUUGUCAGUUCUUCUGAGUCUCGGGUAGAACAAUGGUAAGAACAGUCGCUCGGAUUGCGAAAGUUUGUGGGUACCAGUCCCAUCUCGGGGUACCUGGAGCUGGUGGAUUCCUUAAGCAUUUUUCUUUAAAGAUCUUGACUAUUAAAACACAGUAGACAUUUAUUUGAAGAAGUAUUCAAUCUAAUAACAGAUUAAAGACGUAGACGCAUGUUCAUUUUA